CAUUCCUCUGUGUGGGUGGUGCGGCUGCAGGUAUUUGUGGGGUCCCCCAUUCUUCUGUGUGGGUGGUGCGGCUGCAGGUAUUUGUGCGGGUCCCCCAUUCCUCUGUGUGGGUGGUGCAGGUAUUUGUGUGGGUCCCGCAUUCCUCUGUGUGGGGGUGGUGCAGGUAUUUGUGCGGGUCCCGCAUUCCUCUGUGUGGGUGGUGCAGGUGCAGGUAUUUCUGUGGGUCCCCCAUUCCUCUGUGUGGGUGGUGCAGGUUGUAAUAUCUGUGUGGAUCCCCCAUUCCUCUGUGUGGGUGGUGCGCCUGCAGGUGGUAUCUGUGCGGGUCCCGCAUUCCUCUGUGUGGGUGGUGCAGGUAUCUAUGCGGGUCCCCCAUUCCUCUGUGUGGGUGGUGCAGGUAUUUCUGUGGAUCCCGUA